GGGGCGGGGCGGGGGCGGCCGGCGCGGGGCCGGGAGGCGCCGGGAGGAGCCGCCCGCAGCCGCCCGCCAUGGAGCCCAACAGCCCCCGCAAGAUCCAGUUCACGGUGCCGCUGCUGGAGCCGCACCUCGACCCGGAGGCGGCCGAGCAGAUCCGACGACGCCGACCAACUCCUGCCAACCUGGUUCUAAGCAGUGACCAGUCGUCCCCAGAGAUUGAUGAGGACCGGCUCCCCAACCCCCUGCUGAAGUCAGGUCUGGCCAUGUCGCCCAGGCAGAGAAAGAAGGUCUCCCGCACCACCCCGACCAUGAAAGAGCUCCAGAUGAUGGUGGAGCAUCACCUGUGCAAGCAGGCGCAGGGCGAGGAGGAGGAGGAGGCGGCCGCGGGGAGCCAGGACCGGCACAGCCCCGGGUGCUGCCACCACGGUGACGCAGAGCACAGCCACAGCCCCGGGGGCACCUGCCCCUUGGCCCGCACCCAGCCCCCGCCCGAGGGUGGCCCCGCACCCACCGCGAAGGGAGAGGCGGCGGGCACCCGCGCAGACGCCCGGGGGGACGGACGGCAGAGCCUGGCUGCUGAGGGCGCCCAUAUAUCACCGAAGGAGGCUGUGGGCAAGGGCGCUGCCACCAGCCAGUAGGUGCCACCCAGAUGGGCAGGAGCAAGGCCAUGGCCGGGCCAAAGGAACCGAACCGCCGUAUUUUUUUUAAUGAUUGUUUUUUUAAGAUUUCGACGGCUGUUUUGGGUGUUUGUGAUGGUUUUUUUUUUACUGCUGCCCAGAGGCCUGCUGAGGGCCUGGCUUUGGGGAUGAUGAUGGGCUGCCCAUGCCAUCUCCUUGCCUGCCCCACCGACGGGCCACCGGUGGCCGGGGACACUGGGCAGCACAGCCUCGAGCACGGCCUCCCCUCCCCUGCCUCCACGCUUUGCCCCGCUCAGCUGAGCUCCGGGAUUGUCCCCAUUCACUGCCAGUCCUGGGGUGUCACCCACAGGCCACCUCGAUGCCCCCUCCCUGCCACUGUACCCUGGGCUCAGGGUUUGGGGGAGGGCCGGGGGGGGGACACGAGCCCGGCUGAGACACGCAGCCCCUGAUGCUUCUGGGGACCGUGAGCGGACACGCAGGAGCUGAGCCCUGCAUGGCACGUGUGCACGAGUGUGCAUGCACAUGCAGGCCGGUGCACAGGUGUGAGCACGCACACGCACAGCAGUGCAUGCCUGCUUGUGUGUGUGCACACAUGUGAGCAUGCACACGUGUGUGUAAGAGCACAAGUGUAUUUUGGGUAUGAGCACGUGUGCACACAUACAUCUGUGCACAUCUGCGUGAGCGUGCACACACGCGUGCAUACGGGUGUGUGCACCCACGCAACCAUGCACACGCAUGCACGCACCCGUGUGCGAGCUCACAGGCACUUCGCACGCGUGAGUUUGCAUGCCUGCACAUGUGCGCACGUGCACACGCCGGGCUGGGUGUGCAGGCGCCCGCGAGCAUGAGCGCGCGUGCGCCAGGCCCGGGCGCGCCGCGCCGGCAGCACUGGCUUCGCAGAGCACCUGUCGCGCGAACCUUUAUUAAACGGAUCCCCCUUCUC